AUGUUUCCCCUCGACGGACCGGCUGCCUUCGCGGAUACCGAUAAGCUGUCGUUUCUGGCUGAUAUCGUCAACGCCAAUCCGGUUCGACAUGGCAACUCUGUGCCACUUGAGCAAGCCUAUGCGAACUUGACCGAGGACCGACUGAAGAGAGCCGAGGCGGAGAUGCGGGAGACGAGGACUACGUCGGACCCCGACGUAUCGGUCUUGCUUCGCGAGCUGUCGAUUUUUGGACAUGCACAGCCGCUCUCGAACGAAUCCCGUUUGCUUAUGCGGAGGAAGAUACAAGCUCUGGACAUCCGCGCCGGUAUGCCUGCAAUCUGGAUUACCAUCAAUCCUAACGACAUUAAUAAUCCGGUAAAGAUGAGGCUUGCCAUUCAUAGGCUCCACGAUUAUGAGUCUGCAAAGGGACUUUUGGCCGAUCUCCGUGAAAGGUACGAUAGAAUCGCCCUCAGCACCAUGGAUCCGGUCAGCUCGGCCAUUUUCUUCCACCGAGAAAUAUCUCUAUUCUUUGACAAAUACGUGAACACAGGCCAGGAAUCGAUCUUCGGGAAGAUCAGCCACUACUACGCCACGGUGGAAACGAACGAGCGAGGCAGCCUCCACUUGCAUGGACUCCUCUGGCUGGACGGCAACAUGCGACUGCCGAACCUGAUGGACGACAUGGCCAACCCCGCGGAAGAAGCAUAUCGUGCCCAAGUGAUCCGAUACGUAGACUCUGUGUUUCACGAGUGUCUAGAUGAAGAUGCCGGAAAAGCCGUGCGACAACAGAGGAAGCCCAUCCAUCCUGUGGGGGAGAUCAUGACCAGCACCUCGGCUCUCACUGCGGCCUUCGAAGACGAAUCCAACUUCGUCGCGUACUGUUGCCAAGUGCACUCCCACACGUACACCUGCCUCAAGUAUUCUCUGAAGGGGGUUGCCGAACAGGGUGCGGAUCCACAGGGACGGACGGCCUGCCGCUUCAAAGCACCGUGGAAGAUCGUCGACGAGACAGGGUUCACAGAGGAUGGCUUGCUUCAGAUCCGGCGCAACCAUCCGCUCGUCAACCGGUACAACAAGUCACUGGCGGUCGGCCUUCGUCAUAAUCACGACGUCUCGAUGAUCUUGACCAAAACCAAGGGCCUGGCCAUGGUGUACUACAUCACGAACUACGCCACCAAACUGGAUACGCCGAUGUGGAAGCGCAUUGCUCGCCACCGAGAUCCCACCCUGCCCGACGACAGGCAGCAGGGAGUUUUAAACAAGAGCCGUCAGUUCCUGAUGAGAACGGCAAAUCGGAUCUUCUCCGAGCGACAACUCUCGGCCGUCGAGGUCUGUUACCACCUUGGAUAUGACACCGACUUUACCAACGUGCCGCAUUGGUCGUUCCUGAACUUGACGGCCCUCUACUGGACAAUCUUUCGGCUAUGGGCACAUCUCCGCCACCAGGCCGGUGAGCUGACGGACGCUGAACAGCCCCCGGAGACCAUCCCUCUGAGGCAAGGAGGGCGAACGCUUCUAUGCUUAGAUGCGUACGCCUACCGGGGCCAUGUUCUACGGGACUUAUGCCUGUAUGACUAUAUGUCAAUGGUUCACUUGGAUUCCGACUGUGACGGCUGGAUGCAAAAGCUUCGACGGCCCGACCAGUACGCCGUCCCGAUCUUCCAAGGAUACAUCAGCGACGACCAUGACGACGAUCACCCAGUGUAUAUUAAGCGAAAUUCUGUCCUACAUUUGGCGUUAUUCGUCCCUUGGGAAAACUUCAUUUCUGAGAGCCUAGGCGAUAUAACCGACAUAUGGACGACGCAUCGAGCGCGGCUUUGUCCCCGCCUCCGUUUCUACGUCUCCAACAUUUGUCUUUUGAGAAAGUCUGCCGAGGAUGCGCGUAAAGACGCGAAGCUCUGGGCCAGUCGAUCGGAGGGUGACGACACAAUUGACGUCGAGUACCCACUUGACGAUGGCCGCUACGAGGAGGAGCCUCCAGCGAUGGCUCAUCGUCAGGCCUACAGAGCUCUACUCCAGAUUUUGCGAAAUGCCGUGCAGCACACGGACGCCACGAAAGACUCACCCGUCCUUGGAGGCUUAAUACGCGAUCUGUGCGAGGAGAACCCGGCGGAAGAGGAGCAACCUUUGGUGCAACGUCAGGAGGAUUUGUACCGGAAUAUACCCCAUGAUCAAGGUGAUGCCUUGUGCCAAUUUCCAAUAUCUCGAGACGAUGUCCAAGCAGCGGCCAAGGCCCAACAGCUAAUGCAUCUUCGGAUGCUUGACGACAUUGAGAGUGGUUCUCAGGGGACCAUGCUUUCCGCGGAUGGCGCCGACGUCGACGAUACCCUAGCUCGCUACGGCGAUACGGAGUCCGCUGCUGCGCUCCCGGGCAGCGACCUCAAUGAACAAGGCCCUCGGAUGCUUGUCGAUGUCAGUCCGGCAACUAGCUUCGCGGAGAUGGGACACACCACCGCGGCCAGCUUUACACUGAACUAUCUACAGACCAUGGCCCUUCAACUCGUUUGCCUGUUUCUGGACAAGUAUACUGCCAACCCGGACUCAGCCGGUCAGCAUCUUCAAUACACCGGCGGGCCGGGUGGCACGGGAAAGUCGAGGAUUAUCGAUGCCCUGAAGGACGUGUUCGCGGCGAGGAACCAGCCACAUCUUCUGCAGAUAACCGGCACAUCGGGCAGUUCGGCGGCCCAGAUUGGCGGCACGACGAUCCACUCGGCCUGUGGGUUAGAUUCCCAUCGCGAUCCAAACAAGCCGCCUCCCCCCUUCUCGGAGGCGAAGAAGUGGGUAUGGAGACAGAAGCUGGUGCUCGUGAUUGACGAGGUCAGUAUGCUGGGAGGAGCCACUCUGCACAACGUCAGUCGCCACCUGCAGGCGCUCCGUGACUGUCCGGACGAACCGUUUGGUGGCAUGCCUGUCGUUCUACUGAUGGGAGACUUCUACCAGUUCGCCCCCGUGCGGGAGACAAGCCUACUGAUCAUCAGACCGCCGGACCGAACAGAGACCCCCCUGCGACAAGCCACCAUCUCUCACCACAGCGGCUGCAGAUUGUGGCAUCUGUUCAAAAUCGUGGUGCUCCUCGAAGACCAAGUCCGCGCACGCAACGAUCCCCAACUCCGUGCACUCCUGGAUCGAGUUCGUAACGGGCGCCAGACCCAUGAAGAUCUGAGCUUGCUCAAUGCCAACAUUGUAGGACGCUCGCAAAUCACCUUCCACGAUGGUUUGCGCGCUAUAACGCCGCUGAACCGCACCCGGUGGGCCCUCAACAUGGAAGCUGUUGUGGGCUGGGCGCGCUUCAACCAGCGGCAUAUCCGUAUCUUUGUCUCGACUCACACCUGGCGUAGCGGCGCGCUUUCUUCAGACAUCGUAGCGCGAACCAUCGGACAAGGCGACGACUCUGCCUGCAAAGUCCCCGGCGUCUUCUUCUACGCCCAGGGCAUGCCCGUGGUUGUGAACAAGAACAUCUACACUGGCCUGAAGGUUGUGAAUGGGGCCGACUUUACCGCCGUGGACGUGAUAAUCGAUCCCAAUCACCCGGGAUACUGCUUGGCAGAUGACGUGACCAUCCACUUCGGGCCACCGCUCGGCAUUCUUCUGCAGUCCGAGGAGACGAAAGCCUUGGCGAUACCGUCCCUCCCGGUCGGGACAGUGCUCAUCCGACCCAUGUCGCAUACGCUCGAUUCGACUAGCUCUCACUUCAAAUUCUUGUCGGCAAGAUGCACACGACGUGGAUUACCCGUUGCGCCAGCGUUCGUCCUCACUGACUAUAAAUCUCAGGGUAAAACGUUUGUAGAAGUACUCUUGGAGCUGCGUGGAAAUCGUCUGACCAAUGGCGAACCCUCCAAAUGCGAUUUCACGAGCCUCUAUGUUCAACUGUCCAGGUGUACUACGCUCCAUGGCAUCAAACUCCUCAGUCCCGUGAGAUACCAGGAUUUUAUUGACAAUACGCUAGAUCGAGCCAUGCUUGAUGGAAUGCGCAGACUCACAAACUUGGCGGCGCAAACGAGACGGGCAUAUGAGGGUGGCGAUUUAGAAAAGCAGUGA